AACACGCAGUCAAAAUGAAGACGUCGUUGCUCUUGCUGCUCUUCGUCUUCCUGGCCGUGGAUGGGCAACGGGUCGCAAUUAGGAGGCGACCCCCAAAGAAAAGACCAACUACUCGACCUAAAUCUGUCACCAGCCCGAGCGAAGAUAUCCACGGAAAUUUACCUCCAGGCUCACCAGAGCAAACUGUCAGCAGGGAGGGCUGCUCUGCGCCGGAGGUCAUCGUCAACGGCAGCCUCAUUCCCGAUGGCACAACAGAUUUCUCCACCGUUCAAGAGAUACAUUUUGUUGGAUUAAUUGGACGCAGAGGCCAGAAGAGAGAAUGCAAAAUACAGUGUCUGAAUGGCGUAUGGGUAGGACCCAUGUGUACAGAAGGUGGCAAUCCAAUCAAGAGAAUAAUGCGCCGAUGCACCCUCCGUCUCACUGAUGCUGAGUUAAUAGGAGUGACUGACGAAAACCGUCUCAUACCACCUGAUGUAGAAGUAUCCCUUCCACACGACACCGAAGUCCGUUUUAGGUGUGUGGAACCAGGUUUGUACAAAUUCGUAGGAAAUGACACCCUGCUAUGUGACGAUGGUUCUUGGACAUCAGACUUACCCUAUUGCGUGGCAACAACUAUGCACAGAAAUUUUUCAUUGCAAGCUCCUCCAACUAUUUUGUACCAUGUAGUGUCUGGAGACGCUGGAUUAGCAGAAAAUGGAUCGGUUGUCGUUUUUCCAGGAACUAUAAUUAACAUCGACUGCCUGUUUCAAAGACAGUAUGGGAAUCCUCAAUGGAUAUGGACAUCAACACAAAGACAGUAUCCAAGUGCAUGGGCCAUUCCAGCUGAAGAGAAGAAUUGGAAAUUCCGCCUGUCCAUUUACUACGCCAAGGAUUCCGAUUCCGGAACCUACACCUGUGUCACUCCUCACGACAUCAGCAACGAAGUGAACAUUGUCGUCAAAGAUGUCCAUUGUCCAGCCAUCAAAUCCGUGGACCAUAAUCGAGUGAUGGCCGUGGAGGGUAACAAAAUGCACAGUAAAGCUCGCUUUGCGUGCAUGGAAGGUUUCGAGCUGGUCGGACCAGAAGAAAUCACCUGUCAAGCAUCUGGACAGUGGUCUGAUGAAGCGCCGAAAUGCGAAGUUCUAAAAUGCCCACCUCUUGUUUCUGAAAGCAAACAUCUGAUAGUGAGUACCAGGAACAGGACUUAUGGUACACGGGUGGUGUUCUCCUGCCCAACGGGAUUUAAACUUUCUGGCGCACCUUUCCUAAACUGUUUGAAGACAGCUAAUUGGUCGGAAGCCACACCUACUUGCAACCCCAUAAGUUGCAGACCUCCCGUGGCACCUGUGAAUGGCCGUGUUUUGGAUACUGGGAGAUUCUUGGCAGGCGACUUCGUGCAAUACACCUGCAAUGCAGGCCACGUGAUUGUAGGAGAAUCAGUGGCUAUUUGCACAGACCAUGGAGUUUGGUCACAAUCUCCACCAAAAUGUAAAGCGGCUUGUGAAUUUCCAGGUGAACCAUCUAACGGGCAAGUUAUCCCAACCAAAUUUCAUUACGACAUUGGAGAAGUUGUCAUGGUUGGAUGCCAUCCUGGAUACCGUAUAUUAGGAUUCCAACGACUACAGUGCACCUCAUCUAGUCACUGGUCAAGCCCCUUGCCUCACUGCCGACCGUACUUGAUACAAUCAUAACUUCAGUUACGAAGAAACAAUAGUUCAAACACUCUUCCACAGUGGCAGAGUUCCACAAGGCUUUUAACACAAGUAAUUGUUACAUCAAAAACCACAAAGUAUUAAAAAGAAAUGUUUGUAUAAAAGGAGUAAUCAACAAAUAUGUGUUGGAUUGGAUGGAAAGUUCACACAUGUUUAAAAGUUCAUAUAUCUUU